ACAGAAUUCAGGACUGAAACGUCGUCGUAGAGGAUUACAUUUUGUAAGGUCAAAACGUGUCGAUAAGCGCAAGACAAAAGCGCCACGAACAGAGACAGAGAGAGGGAGUGUGAAAUCCCAUCCCUGCUUUCGCUUUCACCUUUCAAUGCUCGCUCUCUCUUUCUUCAAACAAAACAAAGCCUUCUUCUCAAGCUUCGUUGUCUCUUCUGCUUUUCUCUCUUCUUACUUCUUUCUUCCUUUCUCUCAAUUUUCCUUCUUUUUUUUUUAAAAAAAGUUGGUAAUUUCAGUCUGAUUAUCAAUCAAAGCCCAGAAUUUUUGCUGUCAACGUUGAUAAUGUAAUCACUCAUUGGAGCAAGUUACAGUCUUCAUUUGAAUACUUUCAAGUGUUUGCUCAAAACAUCUCUCUAACCUCUCUGCUUAUGUUUUUAACAACAAAAAAAAAAAAUAUUUCUUUUUGUGAUUUGUAGCUUCAUUUUUUGAUUACUAGAGUGAUCUUGAUGCUGACGGUGUCUUUGUUUCUCUUCUUAUUUCUUCCCCCUUCAAUUGUGCUUGGAGUUUUAGUAUGAAAAUGUGAAGAACAUUUUGCCAAGCCAGGUAAAAGAUGAGGAAGAUUUAAACUUUGUUUGGACGCUCAGCAGACUCAAGAAAAUAAGAGAGGCUAUACAUUUUUUUGGGUGAGAUGUUUUCUUAAAUUUUUGCAGCUUGAUGACGGGACCUGUGAUUCAUGCUGCUUUGAUUUCUAACCGCUGAAAUUGGCUUGGACGAAUAUUAAAUGAAAUCCAAACUCUGCUCAACUUACACAAGUGGAGUUGGAGUAGAGGUUAAACAUGAAUGGGAAUAGGCAAAUGGAGGUGCAUUACAUUGACACGGGUUUUCCUUACACUGCCACUGAAAGCUUUAUGGACUUUUUCGAAGGUCUUGCACAUGUUCCUGUAAAUUACACUCACACUGUACCGAUGCAGGAUCAGGAAAACAUAUAUUGGUCAAUGAGUAUGAAUGCAUACAAAUUUGGAUUUUCUGGUCUGGAGAGUACCUUUUACAGUCCAUAUGAAGUAAGUGAUCAUUUGCCAAGAAUGGAUGUCAGCAGGAGGACUUGGGACUACCCAUCAACGAUGAACUCUGAAGAGCCUGCAACAAUAGACAUGCAGCCUGGAGGAGAAGCAGUUGUGGGCAUCCAUGCCAUACCUGAAGAAUGUAUUACAAAUCAUCAAAGCAAUAGUAAUUCUCAGGUUGUUUGGCAAGACGAUGUUGACCCAGAUAACAUGACCUAUGAGGAAUUGCUUGACUUAGGCGAGACAAUUGGAAGCCAAAGUCGAGGUCUAUCCCAGGAGCUUAUUGAUUUGCUUCCAACCUCAAAAUGCAAGUUUGGAAGCUUCUUCUCAAUGAAAAGAGAGAGAUGUGUGAUCUGCCAGAUGAGGUACAAAAGAGGGGAGCAGCAGAUGAAAUUGCCAUGCAAGCACGUCUACCACUCACAAUGCAUCACCAAAUGGCUUAGUAUCAACAAGAUAUGCCCGGUCUGCAACAAUGAAGUAUUUGGCGAGGAGUCAAGGCAUUAAGACAUCGAAACUAGCUAGUUUUAGAGUAACAUGGCUGGACAUCUUCCUUUUUAUACUUGUCAUUUAGCUACGUUCGGUUCCUUUCCAUUUUUCCCUGUACACAUAGGGCUAGUGAAGCUGUCAAGGACAUUUUUCUUGUUCUUUAUAUAAAUUUUGUUUCAGUAAAAGAAAAGGCCAUACUACCUGAGUUUCAAUAGUUAGAAAUAUGGUUGGAUGAAGUUACAGUAUGCAGUAAUGAAGAGUUGAUUACUAAUGAUUUAGAAUCCA